AUGGCGUUCACACUGGUGACUGGUGAUCUCAUCCGUCUCGUAGAGACUGCACACGAGAAAGUAGGCGAACAGCUCGAAAGUGUCGGUGGACUGGACGGCGUCGCUACUGCUCUCCACGUUGAUCUCCGACAAGGACUCGACGCAAACGAUGCCGACGAUCUACGCAGACGAGAAGAUUCUUUCGGUAGGAACUACAUCCCUCCACCUAAAGCCAAGAGUUUCUUUGCGCUCAUGUGGGAUGCGUUCCAAGACAUCACUAUCAUUAUCUUGACCAUCUCUGGUAUCUUCUCUAUCGUCCUGUCCUCCACUGUCGGAGACCACAAAGAGACUGGAUGGGUCGAAGGAGCGUGUAUCAUCUUGGCUGUCGUCGUGGUCACUCUUGUGACUGCCGUGAACGACUAUCAAAAAGAACAACAGUUCCGUUCUCUCAACGCUGUAAAAGAGGACGAGAAGAUCAAAGUAAUUCGCAAUGGAGCACCCACUGAAGUGGGCAAGUGGAAUCUGUUAGUAGGUGACAUUGUGCGUGUGGAUCUGGGUGAUAUCAUUCCAGCGGACGGCAUGGUAUUUGACGAGAAAGAACUCAAAAUGGACGAAAGUGCCAUGACUGGAGAGUCCGAUUUACUCCCAAAGAACCGUGAGAAUCCGUUCUUGUUGUCAGGUACCAAGGUAAUGGAGGGGCUGAGUAAAAUGCUGGUAGUGUGUGUGGGUGAAAACUCGCAGGCUGGGAUCAUUAAGAGCUUGAUCAACGGAACAGCAAGCAAAAAAACACCCAAAGAAGACAAGAACAAGAACAGUGCGGAUGGACGUCAGGAAACCGACGAGAUCUACUCUCCGCUUGAAGGGAAGCUCUACAACCUCACUAUCUUCAUCGGUAAGCUCGGUACCAUUGUGGCGUUGUUGGUGUUUGUGAUCAUGGCGAUUCGCUUCUCCAUCGACAAGUUCGCAGUUGAUGAUAAGCCGUGGAAGAAUGGCUACAUCAGUGACUAUCUCAACUUCUUUAUCAUUGCCAUCACGGUGCUAGUUGUAGCCAUUCCAGAAGGUCUACCUCUUGCAGUGACAAUUGCGCUAGCGUACUCUGUGAAGAAGAUGCUGGUGGAUAACAACCUCGUCCGACAUCUCGACGCCUGUGAGACUAUGGGUAGCGCCACGACGAUCUGUUCGGACAAGACGGGGACACUGACAACGAACCGCAUGACAGUCAUGAAGAUCUGGAUCGGAGACGCCGAGUUCUCGUCCGCUACGGACAGUAAGGGCGCGGUAAGUGACGAGACGAAGGAAGCGCUCUGCCACGGCGUCGCUAUUAACUCGACUGCUGAGAUCUUACCCCCUAAAGUGGAGAACGGACUUCCGGAACAUACUGGCAACAAGACAGAGUGCGCUUUGCUCCAGUUUAUCCGCGACGGUGGUGUCGAGUACGCGGAUAUCCGCGCUACCAACGAGAUCGUCCACAUGCUGACGUUCAGCAGUGCCAAGAAGCGUAUGUCUGUCGUGGUUCGUCGUGGAGAAUCCAAGUGUCGAGUGUACACGAAAGGCGCAACUGAAGUCGUUCUCGGCUUGUGUAAGCAGAUGCAGCGUACGGACGGAGCGAUUGAAGCUCUGAGUACCGCUCGGAAGAGCGAGAUUGGCUCAACUGUGAUCGACAAGUACGCGUCACAAGGAUACCGCACGUUGUGUCUUUCCUAUCGUGACCUUGACGUCCCCGCUGUAGAGCUCAACACCUGGGCUGACGAAGAUGUGGAGAAGGACUUGACGUGCAUCGCGAUUGUCGGUAUCGAAGAUCCGGUACGACCGGAAGUGCCUGGGGCCAUUCAACACUGCAAGCGCGCAGGGAUCACGGUUCGUAUGGUGACUGGAGACAACAUUACCACUGCACGCUCCAUCGCUGGCAAGUGCGGUAUUAUCUCACAAGGCGAUGGAUCUCUCGUCAUGGACGGACAGACAUUCCGCUCGAGAGUUCUGGACGCACAGGGCAACAUCAUUCAGGAGCAAUUUGAUCAGAUCUGGCCCAUGCUUCGAGUUCUUGCACGGUCGUCACCAAAGGACAAGUAUACGUUAGUAACAGGCUUGAUGCAAAGCAGCUUGAUGCCGCACGGGCCUCAAGUUGUUGCUGUGACUGGUGACGGCACGAACGAUGCUCCUGCACUGAAGAAAGCGAACGUGGGCUUCGCGAUGGGCAUCAGCGGCACUGCGGUGGCCAAGGACGCGUCGGAUAUUAUCCUCAUGGACGACAAUUUCAACUCGAUCGUGAACGCCAUCAAGUGGGGACGCAACGUGUACGACUCGAUCUCCAAGUUCCUGCAGUUCCAAUUGACAGUCAACGUGGUCGCCGUCCUGCUCGCGUUCAUCGGCGCUGUGGUCUUGGAGCAGUCUCCGCUCUCCGCUGUGCAGAUGUUGUGGCCCACCCAGGCUUUACUGGAGCGUAAGCCAUACCCGAAGACGCAGCCACUUAUCUCCAAGAAGAUGAGUAAGCAUAUCCUCGGUCAGUCGAUCUUCCAGCUUGCUCUGCUCUUGGCUAUUGUAUUCACUGGUGAGAAAUGGUUCAACGUUCGUUCGGGUCGCUUGAAUGACUUGGGUGAAGACCACAAGAACGACUCCACGAAGCACAUGACGAUCGUCUUCAACACCUUCGUGUGGAUGCAGCUGUUCAAUGAACUCAACUGUCGCAAGAUCCACGACGAGCUCAAUAUCUUCCAAGGAAUCACGAAGAACCGCGUGUUCCUCUACGUCUGCGUGCUUCAGAUCGCUAUGCAGGUGGUCAUGGUGCAGCUCACGGGCGACUGGUUCAACUGUACGCCGCUAGAAAUCGAUCAAUGGCUCGCCUGUAUCGCAAUGGGCUUCAUCUCGCUGCCUCUCGGACUCGUGUUACGCUCCAUCUCGACCAAGAACGCCCCCAGUUGGAUGGCUUUAUGUCGCGAAGUUGAUGUCGAACAGGUACGUGAAGCAACGUCCGCACGGGGGCAGCAGCUGUGGCUACAAAGCUUCGCGUUGAUCCGCGCUCAUAUCCGCGUCGUCAAGGCCUUCAAGAAGGGACUGGAGACCAAAGAUCUUCUCCAGACGUAG